AUGUACUAUUACUUUUUAGAAAAAAUUAUGCAAAUUUUCUUGAGUAUUCUUUUACUGGUAUUUUGGAUUUCGAUAAAUUAUGCACUCUUGGAUUCAAGCGGAACAAUCUUUUGGCUUUCGAGUAAAGUCGAAAAGAUUGAAUGGAGGAAAGGUUGCCUGACGACCGCUGGAUGCGCACAACCGCGUUUCCAGCUUUUACUUCUUAACGUUGUCACUAAUGAAAAGUUAUCCAAGAGUUGGCUUAUCUCUCCACAACUCAUGCAAGAAAGGCAACGUUCUUACGUAACGCACUGGAGCGACGGAAAUCCAAGUGAUAUCGAAGUGACGUGUGAAGUAGUGGGUGUUGAUCCCACCUACGGAUUUCCAAGAAUAUGUGAUGCAUCGCUUUCAGUUAACAUUUACCAGAAUAAAGAGAAAGAAGAAAUACGAAAAAGUUUUGAUAUGCAGACAUUUGGUGUUGACGGGAGUAUAACUGUUCAACUGGCAGCUCGUUGUUUCAACAGUACAAUGACCAUCGAGAAGCAUGAGGAGCACUGUCCGUGGUGUAUGGAAUACAGUGAUGAUACUGUAAUCAACCAGCAGUAUCCAGAGGAUUCGAAGUCUACUUUCUCACAGUUCAUCGGGAAUGAAACUCACCUUAAUAUUCUUGUAAUUACCUUUGCAUUAACAACUGCUAUAAGUAGUGCAUUUUGUGCAUUUACACUUUACCUAUACGCUAGACAAAAGAAAACUACCGAUUCACCAUGUAUUAAAUGUCAACCAUGUAGAGAACGAGAACUAGAUUCUGCACAUGUUCAUAUUGAAUCACCUACGGAAAAUAGCAAAUACGAUGCUCCGUGGGAUCGUAGAUAUCGUCCCUUACCACGAUGGACAAGUUCUAGAAGUAAUUCUAGCGGUGCAUCACCACCAGACACUUCUUCCACAUUCACCACAUCUUCACAGCACUUAAAACCAACCAAAGUAAUCAUCGGAAAUCACACGAAUUCGUCAAGUUCGUCAAUAUAUGAAAAACCCGAAAAUCGCAGCAGUCUUAGAUGCGUGUAAUA